GCCGCCGCCGCCGCCGCUCUCGGCGCCGCUCCGGGCCUGGGCCGCUCUCUGAGGGCGCCGUUGGGAUCUCUCGCGGGGAACGGAGACGCACGCAGCGGCCGGGGGCUCGGCCGGGCCGUCCCGGCCUGCGCAGCCUGAGAUUCUCUUUGUGGCCAGAUGGGUUUGUAUGGACAAACUUGUCCAUCUGUAACUUCAUUAAGGAUGACAUCUGAACUGGAGAGCAGCUUAACAUCUAUGGACUGGUUACCACAGCUCACCAUGAGAGCAGCCAUUCAAAAAUCUGAUGCUGCACAAAAUGCACAUGGAACGGGAAUUUCUAAGAAGAAUACACUCCUUGACCCAAACACAACGCUGGAUCAGGAAGAAGUCCAACAGCACAAAGAUGGAAAACCUCCCUACAGCUAUGCCAGUCUCAUCACAUUUGCAAUUAACAGCUCACCCAAAAAGAAGAUGACGUUAAGUGAGAUUUACCAGUGGAUUUGUGAUAACUUCCCGUAUUAUAGAGAGGCUGGCAGUGGUUGGAAGAAUUCCAUACGACAUAAUCUGUCACUGAACAAAUGUUUCCUUAAAGUGCCUCGAUCCAAGGAUGAUCCCGGAAAGGGUUCUUACUGGGCAAUAGACACCAAUCCGAAGGAAGAUACACUGCCUACUCGGCCAAAGAAGAGGGCACGAUCUGUAGAACGGGCCUCAACUCCAUAUAGCGUAGAUUCAGAUUCUUUGGGAAUGGAGUGUAUUAUUUCGGGAAGUGCCUCUCCAACUCUGGCAAUCAACACUGUGACUAACAAAGUAACACUAUACAACACUGAUCAGGAUGGUAGUGAUAGCCCUCGAAGCAGCCUUAACAACAGUCUCUCAGACCAGAGUUUGGCAUCUGUUAAUUUGAACAGUGUUGGAAGUGUACAUAGUUAUACACCGGUGACUAACCAUCCAGAAACAGUCUCUCAGUCAUUAACGCCUCAGCAGCAGCCACAGUACAACCUUCCAGAAAGAGAUAAACAGCUACUCUUCACAGAAUACAAUUUUGAAGAUCUCAGUGCCUCAUUUCGGAGUCUAUAUAAGUCAGUUUUUGAGCAGUCACUUAGUCAGCAAGGUUUAAUGAGCAUCCCCUCCGAAUCUUCCCAGCAGUCCCACACUUCAUGUUCCUAUCAGCACUCUCCCAGCAGUACAGUGAGCUCUCACCCACACAGCAACCAAAGCAGCCUGCCCAACAGUCACAGUGGCCUCAGUGCCACAGGCAGUAAUUCAGUUGCACAGGUCUCACUGUCCCACCCUCAGAUGCACACACAGCCUUCUCCACAUACACCCCACCGACCGCAUGGUUUACCACAGCACCCACAGCGCCCCCAGCACCCAGCACCACACCCACAGCAACACAGCCAGCUCCAGCCGCCUCACUCCCAGCACCCCUCCCCACAUCAGCACAUACAGCACCAUCCAAACCAUCAGCAUCAGACGUUAGCACAUCCGCCACCCCCACCCCCUCAGCAGGUACCUUGUAAUUCUGGUGUGUCAAGCGAUUGGUAUGCAACACUUGAUAUGCUGAAGGAAAGCUGUCGAAUCGCCAGCAGUGUUAACUGGUCAGAUGUAGACCUUUCACAGUUCCAAGGUCUGAUGGAGAGUAUGAGGCAGGCGGAUCUCAAGAACUGGUCGUUAGAUCAGGUUCAGUUCGCUGAUCUCUGCUCCUCUCUUAAUCAGUUCUUCACACAGACUGGCCUUAUCCACUCGCAGAGCAAUGUUCAGCAGAACGUCUGUCAUGGUGCCAUGCACCCAGCAAAGCCUUCCCAACACAUCGGGGCAGGAAAUUUGUAUAUAGAUUCCAGGCAAAAUCUCCCUCCUUCGGUAAUGCCACCCCCUGGUUAUCCUCAUAUUCCACAGGCGCUCAACACUCCAGGAACUACGAUGGCAGGCCAUCACGGAGCCAUGAACCAGCAGCACAUGAUGCCUUCCCAAGCCUUCCAGAUGCGGCGCCCUCUGCCUCCAGAUGACAUCCAGGAUGACUUUGAUUGGGAUUCCAUAGUGUAGGCCUGUUUCUGCAAGACAGCCGACUCCAGCAUCCUUUCUGUUCAGUGAAAGAAAGGAUUUAGAGUCCAGUUGAAAAAACAAAGCGAUGUUACCAGUGCUAUCUAAAUUCCUUUUGAAGACAAUCAGAGAUUCUAGCUGGGUAACUUACUGCUUUUCUCCAACCCAAGCAAGAACUACGUGUUUGUCUCCCUGCCAGUGCCCUCUGUAGCUCCUAACUGUUGUGAUUUGGACGGCUUUUUGCAUAUUUGUGUCGGUUUGAUGUUGACCACAAGUGCCAGACUGAUUUUUCAGACAGAGCCUAUUUUGCUGCAAGCAGUUUAUAGAUACAUAAGUGUAAAUACGUGUACAAAUGUUAGUGAAAGGCUUCAAGUUUUUUCUAAUUGGAUUAUUGUGUCUUGACAAGAAAGUUACUGUCAGUUUUUAUUUCUUGUUAGGCCAUUUCUGCAGGAUGUUUUCAGAUGAUAUAGGGAGCUGAAAGGAAAUCUGUUUUUUAAAGCCUGGCUUCCUUUAUUUAAUCUUCAAAAAUAGGAAUAAUCAUGAAUUCCACUGAGUAAGUCAAGGAACCUGGAGUUGGUACUCUCAGCGAUGCGAGGGCCUAUUCCUGAGCAAGGUUGGCAUGCAGGGACUUGUAGAGUGUGUGUUGGACCUCGUCAGCGUGUUUCCUCAGCUGCAUUUUGACAGCACUGAAAUGUGUGGGCUGAUUGAGACUGGGUAUUGCUUGGCUCUUCUUGUCUCCAUAUUCAUUUACGUAUUUAUUAUUCAAAAGUGUUAUUUUAAUAUUUAUUGCUACUUUCUGUGAAUGCACAGCUCUGUGGGAUUCACUAGGGAAAAAUUUGUCUGAAAGCAUGGUUAUUUUUCUGGAUAAAGUUUACAGACAAAGACAAUCAGAAGCAUUUGUCAUUAUCUUUAGCCUCACUCCUUUUACCAGGUGAAUAUGCUUCCUGUCUUAAUUAGUCUUCCUGCUGAUGGAGACUUAAUAGCUACAUUGGAAUUUCCUGGCAUUUGAAUCCAUCUAUUUAGGCCACAGGGCAGGGAGGCAGGUUUUAUACAGCAGUGUCCUCUAUUCAGGUGACCCUGGAAGGGACUACAGCUCCAGAGCCUGUCUGCUUCAGUCUUGCGGGCAGUGACAUCUGUGUGCGCCCAACAAAGAAGCCCCUCAGAGCUUUUAUCAGUUGCUUUGUUUCCUGUCAUAUCACAGCUUGCAUGGGCUGAUUGUUUUGAUUUUAUAAUGAGGGGGGAGGAGGGAAAAAGAUUUUAUAAUGAAAGUAGAAGAAAGGAGAUUCUCCUACACAGCAAAUAGAUUUUUAAUUGGUUCUUUAUGGAAGGAGAAAAUCUGUUUUAAUGAGGAAAUAGAUUCUGUCAAAUCAAGAAAUAAGUGCUCACCAGUUGCUUGUUAGUAUCUGGGCUCAGCAAUGCUAAAUCACGUUAACUAAAGCCUCUGUGAGUCUGUGGGUGAGUAAUCUCUACUUGAACAAAGAGAGGUGUGUCUGAGUGUGUGUGUGUGUGUGUGUGUGUGUGUGUAUGAAUCACUGAAAAGCCAUGGGGAGAGCUGGGGAGAAGUGAGAGAGAGCUUUGUGUUUCUCUGUUGUUUGGACCCCACUUGGCAUGAAAAGGAAGCUCAGGUACAGCCCCUCAGGCCGGUGAAAACCAGAGGAUUCUCAAGCAGCAGCCAACAGGUCUCUCUCAGAAGGACCCGGCAAGAUGAGAUGGCUGCCUGCAGAGGAAAAGCUUGUAAAAAUGAGGUUCCCAGCAGUUUACUCAAGUCUCUGUGUUCUAGACACCCAAACAGCUGCUCCGUGACUAGGAUUGCUGUGCAGCAGUGUGCACUUUAAAUGACUGGGAGUACUGCAGUCUCUGAAACAGCAUGGUUUGAUGAUGAUUUUAUAAACUUUGUGAAGCUAAUUUCCCACUUGGCAAUUAUUUACUGAUUUGCAGUGAUCGAUUUAUUUAUGAAUAUUUAAACUGACCAAGGAUGGCACUUGAGGCCAGACUCAUCACUCUUCUGACUCCCUGUUCCCCAGGGUCUCAGAGCAAGUGCCAGUGGGCCGUGCCCAGGCAGGGCUACCUGGUGUGUGCAGAGUCCCUCUAGUGGCCAUUUCUGUUGGUAAUUGAUGAUACAGAGCAAGUUCUCUUGGGCUUAAAUUGGCUGGAGACUUUGGGGUAAAGACUAAUAAACGUGCAUAAACAAAUGGGGCGCUCUGUCCAGGAGAAGAGUCCGACUGGCAUUUGUGGCAGUGUUUGGAAUGUAAAUGUAUUUCUGUGUGCUCCUGUAAAUAUUUAAAACGUGUCUCUCAGAUGUCCUUUGAAGUGGGAGGGGCUCGAUCUUGGGCUAAUUUCAAAUGGAAUAGAGUAUUUUGAUAUGUUCAUUGAGAGGGUGGUGUGUACAUACCUAUAUUGUAUAUAUGUGGUGACAUGCAUUGGCUUUUGUGCAGAAACAACCUGCUCUCUGUGCUGCUGUUGGACAGUCAGUGUUUUAAUGUUUCUACAGUUUUCCUAUUGCACGAUUUCAUAUUCUGCCAAUGGUGAGUGGCACCCAUUCUUUGUAACCGUUUAGUGCUGUAAAGAAAUACUUCAAGUGUCAUUAGGGAUUGUCGCUGCCAGAACUGAUAUGCAUGGAUGGCACUUAAAAUAAAUAUAUUAUGAUAACUGUA